AUGGGUCCUUUCUCUGUCUUCCUCUGCUUCCUUCUUUUCUCCGGCGUGUCUCUCGCGGCGGACCCUUUCGUCUCCUACGACUUCAAAGUUUCUUACAUCACUGCUUCCCCUCUCGGCGUUCCUCAACAGGUUGUAGCCGUCAAUGAGCAGUUUCCAGGACCUCUGCUUAAUGCUACUACCAACUUCAAUGUUGUUGUUAACGUCUUCAAUCAUUUGGAUGAGCCUCUCCUCUUGACUUGGCCUGGCAUUCAAAUGCGGCGUAACUCGUGGCAAGACGGUGUUCUUGGCACAAACUGCCCAAUUCCUCCUAGAUGGAACUUUACUUACCAAUUUCAAGUGAAAGAUCAAAUUGGAAGCUUUUUCUACUCUCCCUCACUUAACUUUCAAAGAGCAUCCGGGGGUUUUGGUCCCAUCGUCAUUAAUAACCGGGACAUUAUCCCUAUCCCUUUCGCAGAGCCUGACGGUGAAAUCAUCUUCAUUAUUGGUGAUUGGUACACACAAGACCAUAAAGCAUUAAGGAAAAUACUUGACUCUGGGAAAGAACUUGGGAUGCCGGAUGGAGUCCUCAUCAAUGGGAAGGGUCCUUACAAGUAUAACAGUAGUGUUCCUGAUGGAAUUGAUUACUUAACCGUUCAUGUUGAACCAGGAAAAACAUACAGAAUCCGUGUUCACAAUGUUGGGAUCUCGACAAGCUUGAACUUCAGGAUUCAAAACCACAAUUUGCUUUUGGUAGAAACCGAGGGUCACUAUACCUCACAGGCGAACUUUACCGAUUUUGAUAUUCAUGUAGCACAGUCGUAUUCUUUCUUGGUAACCAUGGACCAAGAUGCCGCAAGUGACUACUACAUUGUGGCCAGUGCUAGAUUUGUGAAUGAAACAGUGUGGCAAAGAGUCACUGGGGUCGCUGUUCUCCAUUAUUCGAAUUCCAAAGGACCUGCUUCUGGUCCUCUACCAGUUCCAACUACAGACGUUUCUAGCCCCUGGUCAGCAAUGAACCAGCCAAGAGCCAUCAGGCAAAACACAUCUGCUAGUGGAGCUCGUCCAAAUCCGCAGGGUUCAUUUCACUAUGGUCAAAUAAACAUCACAAACACAUACAUCUUGAGAAGUUUGCCUCCAACAACAAUUAACGGGUCACUCCGUGCUACACUUAACGGGAUUUCGUUUGUGAAUCCAAGCACUCCAGUAAGGCUUGCGGAUCUCAAUAAAGUGAAAGGAGCUUACAAGCUGGACUUCCCUGACAAACCUUUUGAUAGACCUCCUCGUUUGGACAUAUCUAUGAUCAAUGCAACAUACAAGGGCUUUAUACAAGUUGUUUUCCAGAACAACGACACUAAGAUCCAGAGCUUCCAUGUUGAUGGCUAUUCAUUUUUUGUUGUUGGGAUGGACUUUGGUAUUUGGUCAGAAGAGAAAAAGGGCUCAUAUAACAACUGGGAUGCUAUCUCAAGAAGCACAAUAGAGGUGUAUCCAGGGGCAUGGACGGCUGUACUUAUUUCCCUUGAUAACGUCGGAGUGUGGAACAUCCGAGUAGAGAAUCUCGACAGAUGGUAUCUCGGUCAAGAAACUUAUAUGAGGAUCAUGAACCCUGAGGAGAAUGGCAAGACAGAAAUGGAUCCCCCUAGCAACGUCCUUUACUGUGGUGCUCUUAAGAACUUACAGAGGGAACAACACCACUCAGCUGCAACAUCUUUAUUAGAUGGACAUUUGAAGCUACUCUUUAGCAUGCUAAUGGCCUUGCUCGCUUCAGUUUUCACCUUUUGCUGA